GGGUGGCGCUUCGGGGAGUGCCCGCGGGCUGUAUAAAACCUGAGCUGGGAAGUCAGCGGCCACUCCCGCGGACAGCGCCCAGACAGGCCUCACUGCCCUCCGGGACGACUAGGACUGAGCCCCAGAGCAGCGGGUGUAGGCAACUGCCCAGAAACUAGACACCAUGUGUGACGAAGACGAGACCACUGCCCUCGUGUGCGACAAUGGUUCCGGUCUGGUGAAGGCUGGCUUUGCCGGGGAUGAUGCCCCUAGGGCCGUGUUCCCCUCCAUUGUGGGCCGUCCCCGUCAUCAGGGUGUCAUGGUGGGUAUGGGGCAGAAAGACUCCUACGUAGGUGAUGAGGCCCAGAGCAAGAGAGGCAUCCUGACCCUGAAGUACCCCAUUGAGCACGGCAUCAUCACCAACUGGGAUGACAUGGAGAAGAUCUGGCACCAUACCUUCUACAAUGAGCUGCGUGUGGCUCCUGAGGAGCACCCCACCCUGCUCACCGAGGCCCCCCUCAACCCCAAGGCCAAUCGCGAGAAGAUGACCCAGAUCAUGUUUGAGACCUUCAAUGUGCCUGCCAUGUAUGUGGCCAUCCAGGCUGUGCUCUCCCUGUACGCCUCUGGCCGUACCACUGGUAUCGUGCUGGACUCUGGCGAUGGGGUCACCCACAACGUGCCCAUCUAUGAGGGUUAUGCUCUGCCCCAUGCCAUCAUGCGCCUGGACUUGGCGGGCCGUGACCUCACCGAUUACCUAAUGAAGAUCCUCACUGAGCGUGGCUACUCUUUUGUGACCACAGCUGAACGUGAGAUUGUGCGUGACAUCAAGGAGAAGCUGUGCUACGUGGCCCUGGACUUUGAGAACGAGAUGGCAACUGCUGCGUCUUCAUCCUCACUAGAGAAGAGCUAUGAGCUGCCAGAUGGACAGGUCAUCACCAUUGGCAAUGAGCGUUUCCGCUGCCCGGAGACACUCUUCCAGCCUUCCUUCAUUGGCAUGGAGUCUGCGGGCAUCCAUGAGACCACUUACAACAGCAUCAUGAAGUGUGACAUUGACAUUAGGAAGGACCUGUAUGCCAACAACGUCAUGUCCGGGGGCACAACCAUGUACCCUGGGAUUGCUGAUCGCAUGCAGAAGGAGAUCACAGCACUGGCCCCCAGCACUAUGAAGAUCAAGAUCAUUGCACCACCUGAGCGCAAGUACUCCGUGUGGAUUGGGGGCUCCAUCCUGGCCUCUCUGUCCACUUUCCAGCAGAUGUGGAUCACCAAACAGGAGUAUGAUGAAGCUGGCCCCUCUAUCGUCCACCGCAAAUGCUUCUAGAUCCCCACUCUCCCCCACAGAGUGCCAAUUCUCCUCAGGACGACAAAUCUGCUCAUGUUGCAGGUGACUGAACUUCAGUCACCACACAGCAACCUUCUAGCAAUCUGGGUUGCUGUUGCCACAAACUGACACAAUGUUUAUAAUGUGUACAUACAUUAACUUAUUUACCUCAUUUUGUUAUUUUUAAAGUGAAGCCCUGUGGAAGGAAAUGCAAAACUUGAAGCAUUAAACUCAGCUAUUCUGUUA